UAUAUGUGGGCUGGAAAAAUCACCGAUUUGAGUCGAUUUGAUUUGUGAACGACAUUAAUAAUAAGAGUCCACGGAUCACAAAAUAUCAUAAAACAGCCCUUGAAUUUACAAGAAAUGACAUAUUUGACUCGAUACAAAGAAAUGGUGCUCAAUCAACUGAAUUGAAAAGAACAAACACACACUUCACAAAUGAGUGACUCCUCCGCCAUGGCUAUCCUUCUUCCAUCAACUUCAGCUCUUCUUUCUCACAAGGUGAGCCAUGUUUGUAUUAGCCCAAGGGUUUCAAAUAUACAAGUAAGGAAAAACAUCAUCAAAAAAGUCUUUGAAAAUGGCAACACUCUCAGGCAUCGUGUGAUGACAAAAGCUCAAACGUCUUUAGAGGCAGUUACUGCUGAAUCUGUCGAUGACCAGAAUGAUUUUGGAGUUGUAAAUCUUCACCAUGUUGGAAUAUUAUGCGAAAACCUCGAGCGAUCACUUGAUUUUUACCAGAACAUUUUGGGUUUGAAGAUAAAUGAAGCAAGACCUCAUGAUAAGCUUCCAUACAGAGGUGCAUGGCUUUGGGUUGGUUCUGAGAUGAUUCAUUUGAUGGAACUUCCAAAUCCCGACCCUUACACAGGUCGCCCUGAGCAUGGGGGACGAGAUCGUCACACUUGCAUUGCCAUUCGCGAUGUCUUAAAACUAAAAGCUAUUCUCGAUAAAGCUGGUAUUCCGUACACUCUUAGCCGAUCUGGAAGACCAGCAAUCUUUACAAGAGACCCGGAUACCAAUGCAUUGGAAUUCACACAAAUUGAUUCACCCUGAACAAUUUUAUCAUAUAUGUAGAUAUGAAGUACAAACAUUUUAUCAUAUACUCUCUUCAAAGAUUAAUGUGAAUAUUAGGUUAAUGAAAUCUCCAUAAAAGAACAUAUAUGUAUUUUUAUGAAUUCUAUGAAUCUAAUAAUUGAUAUAAAGUAGUCGAUGAUUUGGUUAUUCAUAUUUCCGAAAAUAUGUAUGUACAAAACACAUCAUAAUUACAACUGAAUUUUAUAACAAAUUAUGCAAUAAAAUUUAAAUCAAAAGUUGAGAAAUGUUUGAUUUCAUAC